GCUUGCUAGCUACAUAUAAUAUAAAAACCGAGACUCUUCUUUCUCUUUGCUAAAAUACAAACAUUUCAUAUAGCAAAACAACUUUUCAUACUCUGCCAAACUGUACACAAUUGAUAAAAUGGCAACACUCCCCGAAACACAUCAACAGGCCGAAACUCUCCCCGAUGCCUGGGACUACAAAGGCCGCUCCUCCGUCCGAUCUUCCUCCGGCGGCUGGGCCUCCGCCGCCAUGAUUCUUGGGGUGGAGGCUGUUGAGAGGUUAACUACGCUGGGCAUAGCGGUUAAUCUAGUUACGUACUUGACCGGGACGAUGCAUUUGGGCAAUGCUAUGUCCGCCAACAAUGUCACCAAUUUUCUCGGCACUUCUUUCAUGCUUUGCUUGCUUGGUGGUUUCAUAGCCGAUACUUUUCUCGGAAGGUACUUGACCAUUGGCAUCUUCGCCACCGUUCAAGCUACGGGAGUGACGAUACUGACAAUCUCCACCGUAAUCCCGAGUCUCCGGCCACCAAAAUGCACCGCCGGGAGCGAAUCAUGUAUCCCGGCGAGCAGCAAACAGCUUAUGGUCCUCUUUGCAGCCCUGUAUCUGACCGCCCUAGGCACCGGAGGCCUAAAAUCGAGCGUCUCCGGCUUCGGGUCGGACCAGUUCGACGAAUCGGACAACAAGGAAAGAAAAAAAAUGGUGAAAUUCUUCAACUGGUUCUUCUUCUGCAUAAAUAUCGGGUCACUUGGAGCGGUGACCGUGCUUGUGUACAUACAAGACAAUCUCGGUAGGCAGUGGGGGUACGGGAUCUGUGCAUGCGCCAUUGUUGUCGGAUUGCUCGUUUUUCUGUCCGGUACGAGAAGGUACCGUUUCAAGAAGCUUGUGGGCAGCCCGUUGACGCAGAUUGCCGUCGUGUUCGUGGCGGCGUGGAGGAAGAGACACCUUGAGUUGCCGUCAGACUCUUCUCUGCUCUUCAACCUUGAUGACAUUAAUGGCGAUGGAGGCCUUCUCAGCAAGAAGAAGAAGCAACAGUUACCACACAGCAAGGAGUUCCGUUUCCUGGACAAGGCAGCAAUCAAGAUUCCUGAAGCACCGGCGAACAAGUGGUGCAUUUCGACCUCCACCGAUGUAGAAGAAGUGAAGAUGGUGAUAAGAAUGCUGCCCACAUGGGCCACAACAAUAAUGUUCUGGACCGUCUACGCACAAAUGACAACAUUCUCGGUCUCGCAAGCGACAACUAUGGACCGUCGGAUCGGAAAGUCAUUCGAAAUCCCAGCCGCAUCUCUAACAGUCUUCUUCGUAGCCAGCAUUCUAUUGACCGUCCCGAUUUACGACCGCAUCAUCUUCCCUAUCUGCCGUCGGAUCUUGAAAAACCCUAACGGUCUAAGCCCGCUACAGCGCAUAGGCGUCGGGCUAGUCCUGUCCAUAAUCGCCAUGGUGGCGGCCGCGUUGACCGAAGUCAAACGCCUACGCGUGGCGGAAUCCCACGGACUAACGGACGAUCCAACGGCCACUAUUCCUUUGAGUGUGUUUUGGCUGAUCCCUCAGUUCCUAUUGGUGGGGUCCGGAGAGGCGUUUACGUAUAUCGGGCAGCUCGAUUUCUUCCUUAGGGAGUGCCCGAAGGGUAUGAAGACAAUGAGCACCGGGCUUUUUCUGAGUACGCUUUCGUUAGGGUUCUUUUUCAGCUCUAUUUUGGUGACUAUAGUGCACAAGCUGACCGGCGACAAUAACCCGUGGUUGGCUGAUAAUCUGAAUCAAGGGAAGCUUUACGACUUUUAUUGGUUGUUGACCAUUUUGAGCGUCUUCAAUUUGGUGAUAUUUCAGUAUUGUGCGAGGAGGUAUGUGUACAAGGAGAAGAGGCUUGCUGAGGAGGGUAUUCAGUUGGAUGAAACUGAACUUGUUUGCCAUUAAGUAGCUAUUUUUGGCAAAUUGAUAGUUCAAUCAACUUCAAAUAAUAUAUAGGGUUGUUUGUGUACAAAAAGAAUGUCGAAAAGAGUCAUACACAUAUUGAAAAAAAAAUCCAAGUGAAGUGACUCUUUUCUUUUAUUUUCUUGCCGUUUUUCUUGUUUCUUUUUCUGUUGUAAGAUAGGUAGCCAAAAUAAUGACGAAAGUUGUUCGGCUGAUAAGUAACCGGAAAGACCAAGGGAUCGGCUAAAUGACUAUGUUCCGCUGCUAUAUAUAGUAUAUGUUACGUUGUUCAUACUUUUG